GCAGAGGUUCUGUCGUCUCUCCACCUCUCCUCUCUUCUCCUCUCUCUCAGUCGCCGUGGUUUGUCUCUGCAGUUUUCCCUCCGCUUCUCCAUCAUGGAUGUGUGGACUAAAAGAGUCGCUGGUAUUAUCGUCGCUCAGGUUCUGCUUCUCUCCAGCUCGUGCGGGACAAGAGGAGAAGACGCAUGUGACCGCGCACUGGUGUCCAAUCUGCCGCCAUCGUCCUUCCGGAGCUCCUCGCAGCUGUCCAGCAGCCACGCCCCGGGCUUCGCCAAGCUCAACAGGAGAGAAGGAGCUGGAGGUUGGUCGCCCCUCACCUCAGACAGGUAUCAGUGGUUGGAGGUCGACCUCGGUGAGCGCACCAGGAUCACCGCCGUCGCUACUCAAGGUCGCUACGGCAGCUCUGAUUGGCUGUCGUCGUACCUGCUGAUGUUCAGUGACACGGGACACAACUGGAAACAGUACAGACAGGAGGACAGUACCGGGUCUUUUCCAGGGAACACUAAUGCAGACAGUGUGGUUCAGUACAAGCUGCAGCAGCCGGUGAUCGCUCGCUUCCUCCGCCUCAUCCCUCUGGGCUGGAAUCCCAACGGACGGAUCGGACUCAGGCUGGAGACAUACGGAUGUCCUUAUACCUCUGAUGUGGUGAGUUUCGACGGAAGAAGCAGCAGUCUGGUGUACAGGGCGAGUCCCGGGCUGAGGCAGGCGUCCAGAGAUGUCGUAUCUCUGAAGUUCAAAACCCUGAGGAAUUCUGGGACACUGCUGCACGCUGCAGGAGAGGGAGGACUCGGCAUCAGUCUGGAGUUAGAGAGAGGGAGACUCCGGUUGCUCCUCAGACAAGGUGGUGGGGCUUUGUCCUCUGAACCCCAGUGUCUUGCUUCCCUUGGCAGCCUGUUAGAUGAUCGUCACUGGCAUCAUGUCGCAGUGGAGCGGCAGAGUUCCCACCUCAACCUCACUGUGGACAAACACAGUGAGACAAUUCAAAUCCCUGCAAUUUUCAGUCACUGGGACAUAGAACAGCUGAGUGUGGGGGCAUCCCUGAGUCUCAACCCUCUGAGACUGCUCGACUCCAAGAGGAACUUCCACGGCUGCCUGGAAAACCUGCUGUACAACGGCCUGAACUUGAUAGAGCGAGCUAAACACAAGAACCAACAAGUUACUCUCUUGGGCAAUGUGACCUUUUCUUGUGCUGAGCCAGUUUCCGUCGCCGCAACGUUUCCCGGCCCCCAGAGCUUUCUCCAGUUGCCGGUGGUAGCAACAUCCGACUCAGAGGGCGUGUCCGUGGGGUUUCAGUUCAGGACGUGGAACAACGCGGGGCUUCUGGUCACCUUUGCCAUUCCUAACGAGGGCGGCGUAGUCUGGUUGUACCUGAGUGAGUCUAGACUGCGGCUACAGAUUCAUAAGACUGGCAGGGCCGUGCUGGAGCUGAGUGCAGGUUCAGCUCUGAACGACGGUCAGUGGCAUUCAGUGGAUUUCACCUCUGGACGAGGACGCGUGGCUAUCGCUGUCGAUGAAGGAGGGGGAGGUGUCGCUCACUCCAGCCCCUCGUUUCCUGUCGCCAUAAGACAUCAGCUCUUUUUUGGGGGUUGUCCCGCUGAACACUACAAUCAGGAAUGUAGAAACCCCUUUGACACCUUCCAAGGCUGCAUGCGUCUCCUCACUGUGGACGACCAGCCAGUGGACUUGAUCCUGGUCCAGCAAAGGCUGCUGGGAAACUACAGCUACCUGCAGAUCGACAUGUGUGGCAUCAUUGACAGGUGUUCUCCCAAUCGGUGUGAACAUGGAGGCCACUGCAGCCAAUCGUGGACUGUCUUCCACUGUAACUGCUCUGACAGCGGCUACAGCGGAGCAACCUGCCACAGCUCUGUGCACGAACAGUCCUGCGAGGCCUACAAGCACAACGGCAACACGUCGGGGCUUUUUUACAUCGAUGUGGACGGCAGCGGACCAAUCAAACCUCAGCUGGUCUACUGCAACAUGACAGAGGAGAACACAUGGAUGGUGGUCCAGCACAACAACACAGAGCUGACCAGAGUCCAACCCUCUCCAGGUGUGAACCAGCAUGCGGUUCACUUUGACUACUCGUCUCUUGAGGAACAACUGUCGGCCAUGAUCAGCCAAUCACAGCACUGCGAACAGGAACUGUCCUAUCACUGCAGGAAGUCCCGCCUCCUCAACACCCCAGAGGCUUUGCACGUCUCCCGCGUGGCACAAGAUUGA